AUGUUCUACCUGCUGGAGACCGGCAAGGAGCCCUUCUUCGACAGGGUCACGGCCGUGCUGAAGGCAGAGGGGUUUGUGAGGACGGAGCCCCCCAGUUUCUGCGGGGCGCAGCGCCGGGGCGGCGCCGGCCGGCGGCUGCUGGUCAUCGUCAGGAACCAGGACAUCUCCUGCCACAUCCACACCGUGCCAUGCCUGCUGCAGCUGAAGCUGUGUCCCAGCGUGGUGUUUGCUGGGGUGGAUGAUCCCCAGGAUGUGACACAGGACACCUUCCAGGAGCUCUUCCAGGCCGGGGGUUUCGUGGUGUCAGACGAGGAGCUGCUGGAAAGGGUCACCCUGGACCAGCUGCAGGAGGUGGUGAAGGUGCUGGAGAAGCUGAACAGGAAUGGGAGGUGGAAGUGGCUCCUGCACCACAGGGAGGGCAAGAAGCUCAGAGGAGACCUCAGGGCUGAUGCCAUUGCCCAGAGGAAGCAGCUGCUGCUCAGGUGGUGCCAGGGCGAGGAGCUGCUGGAGCUGCUGCCGUUCCACGGCUGCGAUUUGGGGGCGGCCGCGGAGCCCCUACGGCUGCAGUGCCUGCAGGAGCUGCAGCUGCAGCACAUCCACAGCAGGUUCCCCGUGUUCCUCACAGAGAAUCCUGGCUGCAGCAGGGAGAUCCUGGAAAGCAAAGGAAUUCUUGUGGCUGACAUCAGCACCUUCCUGGGGACGAUGCAGAAAGUGGCUGCUCCCUUUAGAAGAAACUACUGGUGACAAAGCCAGGACACGGCUCCUCCCCAGGCCCUGUGGGACCAGUUUGGGCAUCCCAGCGCUGUGGGGGACACCCCAGACCCAUCCCAGGGGAUCCCACAUCCAUCCCAGUGGAUCUUGGCUGUGCUGGGGCUGGGGAAGGUCGGUUUUAGCUCUAAGUGAAUUUUAUUUAAAGUAGGAAAUGCAAAUCCUGAGGGGUUCAUUCCCUGCCAUCCUGCCUCACAGGAAAGGUUUUUUUUAAUGGUACAAGUAAAUUAUUGGAGUUUUAGGUUUUAGGAUUUUCGUGGAGCAGAAUAAUUUCUCAAAAUGUACUUGAAGGUCAGGAAUGAGAAUAAAUAAACAAUGUGGUUGUUACUGUCCAGGCCCACACUACAUUUCAGCUCAGCCCUGCUGCCUCCUGGUUCCAGUUCCCUGCUGGGAGGUUCCAGCAGGUGGAAUCCUUGUAGAUAGCAGGAAGCUGGGAGGCAGAACAGAGUAAGCUCUCAUGUAUGGGGGAAAGGCCCCAUUCCCACCCAGCUCCACGGGGCAGGGGUGGCCUUUGAGUUCCUUUCUGAAUCUGAGACUGCCAGCCCCGUGUGUACAAACUUUGUAAAGAGUUUGAUUAAUAAAACCUCCAAAAUGAGAAAGUUUCACACAGCUCU